AUGCCGACUGACGGGUCAACAUCAGACAUAAGCCACCAAGGUACUGCAUCAGCUAGUGAUGAACCUACGUCACAUGUUCUGGAUAAUACUUUUUCAACCACGGGAACCUUACAUACUUCCUUGGGGACACUUUCAUCAGUCGCUACAUCAGUCGCUACAUCAUUCGAAAGUAUAACAACGGAGACAGUAAAAGAAGAAGCUUCAAGCGACUCGUACCAUACUGGACGAUCUGUUGCUACCUCACAAUAUGAUACAUCAACAGGCACAGAUUACUUCAGGGAGACCUCAAAUAAUCUAGGGACAUUCGUGACUCUACAUCAAUCUAUAGGAACUACAGGUCUUGUUAACACUUACUCGCCCAAACCCUUCUUGGCUUCCUCUGACCCUACGUUUGAAACCUCGACAACUAUUGGGCAAAUAAGCCCAGAGGUUCCAACAGAAGACGCAACAACUCUUGAAAUAGACAGACCAACACUAGGAAUUACAGAAGGUGCUACUACAACCCCAGCUGAAGAGACUAAAUGGUCUACUACAGUAAAGAGAGCUACGACGGAUCAACGAGUAACUACCCAAGGGCCAGUUUCCGCAGAAACCACCUCGAGCUGGUGGGUGAUCUUUCUUGGUAGCGUGGGGGCUGCAUCAUUAUUUUUGUUGUUGGCUUCCUGUACCGGAUUCAUCUUCGCAAUGGUCUUUAAGGAGAGACGCAAGAUGCAUCACAAGGGGUUUGAGUCAUCGGAUUCUAGUGCACCUGGAAGUCUGGAGUUUAACGUUACCUACAACCCAGGAGCAACCACGAUCACAGACCCUGAAGAUCCAGCCAUGUUUCACUACUAGUAUUAUGUAAACGCUUGAAAGGCUAUAAAAACCCUCAAAAAAUUCAAUGCAAAAAUAAAUGCAACUCGAAAUGAAUUUGUAUCUUAGAAGAAAAGACGUUACAAACCUCUCGGCGAAAAGUGGUUAUAGUAUAUAUGAUGCUAAAACAAUGUCAAUCAGAAUAUGCAGCUUUAUUAUAUUGGUAAAAUAUGGCAGUAAUUGGGUUUAUCGUCUAUGAUUAAAUCAAAUUGAUUGUGGA